GCAAAUAAUGUUGUCUUCAAACUUGUUAUUUUUCUCUCUAACUCUAUUAAUCGUCACACUCUCCCGCAUACCAAAUUUCGCUUCUGCUUCUUUAGAGGAAGCCAAUGCUCUUCUUAGAUGGAAAGAGAGCCUUGAAAUACCAAAAAUUUCUUUGCUCUCUUCAUGGAUUCCCCUCCCUUUGAAUUCCAGUGCGUCACUUCCAUGCACUUCUUGGUUUGGAGUAGUUUGCAAUGCCGAUGGGAGCAUUCAGAAGUUGAACCUCACAUCAUCUGGAUUAAAGGGUACGCUUCAUCAAUUUUCAUUCUCUUUGCUACACAAUCUUACACAUUUUAAUCUCAGUAUAAACAACUUCUUUGGCCCUAUCCCACCAGAAAUAAGACACUUGUCCAAACUUGUAUAUCUUGAUUUUUCAUUGAAUAAAUUUUCUGGAGUAAUCCCACCUGAAAUAGGAAACCUGCACCAGCUAAACAUCUUGCACCUAUACUCAACCAAUAUAUCUGGCUCAAUUCCUUCUUCAUUGGGUGAUUUGACACUUUUGAAUGUCCUUUAUUUGUACAAAAAUCAACUCUCUGGUUUCAUUCCUACAGAACUAGCAAAUUUGAAGUCUCUCGCUCAUCUUGAGCUGGCCUACAAUCAACUUAGCGGUUCAAUACCUUCAUCACUGGGUGAUUUGACAUCUUUGAAUGUCCUUUAUUUGUACCAAAAUCAACUCUCUGGUCCCAUUCCUAACGAACUUGGGAAUUUGAAGUCUCUCACUUAUCUUGAUGUAAGUGAAAAUCAACUUAGUGGUUCUAUUCCUUCAUCACUAGGUGAUUUGGCGUCUUUGAAUGUCCUUUAUUUAUGGAAAAAUCAACUCUCUGGCCCCAUUCCUAUUGAACUUGGGAAUUUGAAAUCUCUCACUAAUCUUGAUGUAAGUGACAAUAAACUUAGUGGUUCUAUUCCUUCAUCAUUGGGUAAUUUGACAUCUUUGAAUUUCCUUUAUUUCGCCCAAAAUAAACUCUCUGGCCCCAUUCCUAUUGAACUUGGGAAUUUGACGUCUCUCAUUAAUCUUGAUGCAAGUGAAAACCAACUCAGUGGUUCUAUUCCUUCAUCAUUGGGUGAUUUGACAUCUUUAAAUGUCCUUUAUUUGUUCAUAAAUCAACUCUCUGGUCCCAUUCCUAUUGAACUUGGGAAUUUGAAGUUUCUCACUGAUCUUGAGGUGGUCGACAAUCAACUUAGUGGUUCUAUUCCUUCAUCACUAGGAAACCUCAGCAACCUACAAUGGCUGACCCUCGGUGGUAAUAAAUUAUCCGGUUCCAUUCCUAGUGAACUUGGAAAGUUGAAGUCUCUCACUCUUCUUUCGGUGGGCGUAAAUCAGCUUAGUGGUUUUAUUCCUUCAUCAUUUGGUGAUUUGACAUCUUUAAAUCUCCUUUAUAUGCAUUACAAUGAGCUUGCUGGUCCCAUUCCCAGAGAACUUGGGAAGGUGAAGUCUAUCACUGAUUUUAAGGUGAAUAACAAUCAAAUUAGUGGUUCUAUUCCUUUGGAUAUUGGAAAUUCAAAUCAACUACAAAGACUUGACCUAUCUUCGAAUCAUUUGGUUGGUGAGAUCCCAAGGGAGUUUGGGAAAAUGAAAAGUAUGUUGGAGUUGUCCUUGGCUGGCAACCAACUUUCAGGUGUUAUACCUCUGGAGCUUGGAUUUUGUGAACUCCUUGAAGUACUCGAUCUAUCCAAAAAUAGAUUGAAUGGGUCGAUUCCUACAACUAUUGGUCAAUGGGCACAAAUCCACUACUUAAAUCUUAGUAAUAACAAGCUCAGUGAGAAAAUUCCAUCCGAGAUUGGUAAAUUAGUUCAUCUUACGGAACUUGAUUUAUCUCAGAAUUUUCUCAUGAAAGAGAUACCAUCUGAAGUUCAAAGUUUGCAAAGUUUGACAAAAUUGGAUCUUUCUCACAAUAGACUCUCUGGUUCUAUUCCUGAUGCUUUUACACGUUUGCCUCUCGGGAUUGAUAUCAACCUUUCUUACAAUGAGCUCUCAGGUCCAGUCCCCAAUUGGGCUAACUUUGUGAAUGCAUCCAUAGAAAGCAAUCCAGAUUUGUGUGGGAAUGUUACACGUGUGAAACUUUGUCCAAGUCAUAAAAUGAAGAAGAAAAACGAUUCAUUUCAUCAUAAGCUUAUCCUUGUAAUUAUGCUCCCUCUUAUCGGGGCUAUUUUACUUGGUGUAUUCACGUAUGGCGUCAUUGCUUAUCAACAACACAAGAAAAAAUCUCCACAAAAACCAUUGGACGAAGAAAGCGGUGAUUAUUUCUCUAUUACAAGUUUUGAUGGAAAAGUAGUGUAUGCUGACAUCUUGAAGGCAACAAAUGAUUUCGAUGAAGCAUACUGCAUUGGUACCGGAGGAUAUGGUAUCGUUUACAAAGCCGAGCUACAACCUAAUAAUGUGGUAGCUGUCAAGAAACUUCACUCGUCAUCUGAGAAUGUUGACCAUAAUGGAUUCCUUAAUGAGGUACGAGCAUUAACGAAUAUAAGGCAUCGAAAUAUAGUGAAACUCUAUGGAUUUUGCUCCCAUGUCCGCCACUCAUUUUUGAUUUAUGAAUACCUUGAAAAUGGAAGCCUUGGAUCAAUCUUGAGAAGUGAUGUCUUAGCAAAAGAAUUGGAUUGGUUAAAAAGGGUAAAUAUUGUAAAAGGUGUAGCUAAUGGUUUGGCUUAUAUGCAUCAUGAUUGCUCACCGCCUAUAAUUCAUAGAGACAUAUCCAUAGCCAACAUCCUUCUUGAUUAUGAUUAUGAGGCGCAUAUUUCUGAUUUUGGCACAUCCAAGCUUUUAAAGCUAGACUCUUCCAACUGGACCGCAAUUGCAGGCACCUAUGGCUAUAUUGCGCCAGAGCUUGCUUAUACAAUGGUGGCUACUGAGAAAUGCGAUGUGUAUAGCUUUGGAGUUGUUGCAGUAGAAGUGAUAAUGGGAAAGCAUCCUGGAGAACUGAUAGCUUCUUUACCAACAGUGUCGGAUGAUUAUCCGGUGCCAUCAAACGUGGGAGAUAGUCGGAUACCUCCUCCCUCAUCACAAGGUGAGAAACAAGUUAAGAUGAUUUUGAGUCUCUCAAGAGCAUGUUUGAACUCCAAUCCGCAUGAAAGACCAACAAUGCAACAAGUUUCAAAUCGGUUAAUGAAGGAUCUGCUUUGAGUAGACAUCUCUUUCCUGAUCAAUAUAUUGUACUUUCAGUGUUCUUUUUACUUUUCUUAAGUUCCCUAUAUGCAUCUUCCCAAUAUGUAUUCAUUUGAAUAGCUUUUUGUUAAGAAACUUCACAUAUGUUUGUUGUAGUAUACAAAUAAGUCAAUGAAGAUU